UUGCGGUUUAGAUAUUGUAGUCUUUGUGAAUGUUUGCUACGUUGUGUAGGAUUUUUGUUUCUGGGCAGGUUCAAUAGAUUUUCAGUUCUUCGAAUUCUACAGAACCACAGCGUUAAUUUCAACCAAACGAGAGACAUAUCCAUAUCAGUGAAAGAUUUACAAGAAGGACGUUCUACUCUAUCAAUCAAAAGCAGCCCUGUCUAAAGACUAUCACAAUUCUUCAAAUGAAGGGAUACAUCCUUUUCAAAAGGGAGAUAAUAAGAAAUGUUAUGAAAAAUCCGUGACCUCCUUUAAAGAUAUAGAUUACCAGAUCAGACGUGAAGAUCUUCCUAAUGAAUGCAGUCAGCAGCGUUACAAUAAAGUAGCAGAGUUAGAGACCUGGCCGAAGAAUCACUGGAUCCUGCAAUGUAAUCCCGUGUUGCCCGGUCACACCCUCAUCGCCCCGUUUAUCAUGAUAUUUUAGAUACCCUUCGGUACUAAAGACAUGAAGACUCUAAUACCUCCCUUUAUGCUGUUAGCACUUUCCCAGGUUCAGCUAGAUGUUCUAGGCUGUACUGAUCUAUAUAAAACGAUUGAGCUGGUAUCCGAUUGUCCACGUACAGAGCCGGAGUGGAACGCUGCCUCGAUACGAAAGAACUGCGAUGUCGUAUGUCCACAGUCUAGGUAUCACUGCGUGAUCAGUAAGGAAAUGAACGCAACAAUGGAAGUAUGUGCUGAACCCAAAUACCUACAAGGUUACUGCGCUUACUUCAAUAGUGACGAAGACAGAAUACGGAAUCUCUUAGCUGCAGAUUGUUCCAAAUUUCCAAAUCCAUGUCCUAACCGAUACAUGUCGACGGAUGCAUUCAAAUACACUGCCUGCUAUGACCUUAUCAAACUCUACGUUGUACCUUCGGUUCAAACAACGUCCGAAAUUACAGGACAGGAGUCAAACGGUAAAACAGGAGGGAGGCAAACAGAGGAAACUUUAGAUAUGGGGAUUAUUGUGGGGAUAACUCUCUCCUGUGUUGUCAUUCUAAUGUUUGUAAUCGCCCUGCUGAUAGUUUUUAUUCGAAGAAGGAAGCAAUCACGAAUCAUCAUAAGGCAGGGAAAACACAUAGAUUUUUCAAAAGAAGAAAGAAUGCUGUUAAAACCGGAUGAAGAAAAGAUAAACAUUGAAAAUGAGUCUAGCACUCCAGAAAUCCAAGAGCUGAAGAUGAAAUGUGAAGAACAAGACACAGAGCUGAAAAAACUGAGAGAACAAAUUGAGAAACUAUCAAAGGUAUAUCUUGUGGAAACUGAAGGGGAAAAGAAGCUGACAGAAAAACAGGAGAGGGAACAUUUGGCUUUAAAACAACAAUAUCUUGCAAAGAACGAGGAGUGUAAAGAAUUGAAUAAUAAACUGCAAGAAGCGAAGGGAAACAUAAGAGUACUUUGCCGCAUUAGGAAAACCGACGGAAAAGAUAAAUGUUUAACCGUGGCGGGAAAUAGUGUAUCAGUAAAAUAUGCAGCCGGGACGCAGAAACAAGAUCGGAAAUUCAGUUUUGAGAAAGUUUUCGAAGAGAAUUGCAAACAAACGGAUGUUUAUUGUGAAAUUCGAGAAUUGAUUCGAAGUUUUCUAGACGGAUAUAACUUGUGUAUUUUUGCGUACGGACAAACUGGAUCUGGUAAAACAUACACGAUGGAUGGAGAAAGUGAAAUAGAUAAGGAAGGCAUCAUACCACGAGCAAUAAAACAAGUGUUUCAGGACUCGGAAGCAGCAACAUGUGGAGGAUGGACGUACGAAUUCUCAGCAUCCUACCUGGAGCUGUAUAAUGAAAAAAUACGAGAUUUGGCUAAAGGAGAUAAAGAUAAAGAACCUCAUGAUAUCAAUCGUAUUCCCAAGGGAAAGGUGCAUGUGACUAAUCUUACUGAAUGUAACGUCAAUACCAAAGAAGAGGUGAUGGAAUUCUACAAGGCAGCAUCUAAGAAUAGAACAUCUUCAAAGACGAAAAUGAAUGAAGAGUCCUCCAGAAGUCACGCUGUCUUUAGAUUAGAAAUGAAAGGGGAAGUGAGAGAAGUACAGGGCAGGAACGACACGUGUUCAGGAACUUUAACACUUGUUGAUCUUGCCGGAAGUGAGAAGAUAGACCAGCAGGCAGGGGCAACUACAAACCGGGAAACAAACAAGAUCAAUUUAAGUCUGUUGGAGCUGGGUAAAGUUCUCAGAGGUUUACUCAAAAAGGAGAAUGUGACGUAUAGGUCCUCUAUACUUACGAGGCUGUUGGAAACCUCUUUAGGUGGAAAUAGCAAGACAUUGAUGAUUGUAAAUGUUUCUCCGAGCAUGGAGUGUCUAAACGAAACAGAACGAUCGCUAAAAUUUGGAAGUGAGGUGAGCAAGGUGGUACUGGAAAAGGCGAGAAAGAACAAGUGAACUCACUUUUUGAGAAUUGCAUUCCCCGGAAGCAAAAUAUUGGGUGAUGAUAGGAAUUUGUGCGAUAAGAAAUAGAGAGAUGGGAUUUGUCAAAAGUCAAUCCAGAAAAUGACAAGGAGAACCGUAGUUUUUGGUUCUUCAUUUCUAAAGAAGUGGUGUCUUCAAAAUUCUCAAAACAUUGUUUUUAAAAAGUCAGCAUGUUCACAAAAUUGUUUAAGAUUGUUCCUAAGAUGUAACUUAGGAAAUGAAUUAUGGAUAUUCUAAGAUGAAUUAAAGAUAUAGGAUGAUAAUACAUGUACAUUAGAAUAUUCUAUGCUGCAAAAUGUUCUUAUUUUUUCCACAUUGUUCUAAACCUAUAAACUUUGGGAUGUAUGUACAGCUAAACAAGGUAUUCAAUAUUACACAAAGAGAAAAGUUAGAUUUAAUCAGUAACAUAAUGCUUAAGUAUAGAUACUGUACGAACAUUGUACGAAAUAUAAUUCCAGUGUAGAUAUAUCUGGUAGAUGAAAUAUUGCAAUAUAUAAAUGGUAUAAGCCGUUCAAAACAUUUCCGUUUAUCUAGUGCUUCAAAUAAAGUUCGAAAAAUGAAUUUCAGUUUGAACGUGAUGUUUAACCAAUUUGAAAAUCUACGAUAUAUAGGAUAUACCAUCUGCUACUGUACCGCUUUCAUAUAGGUCAUUAAUAUAUAUAUAUAUAUAUAUAUAUAUAUAUAUAUAUAUAUAUAUAUAUGAAUGUUGUGUUCCACCUGGCUCCUCACACACCCAUUGAACAUUGAUAGAAUGGUAAAUUGUUUGCAGCAUAUAUAGGACUUCUUAAGAAAAAUGACACUUCUGUUUAGAAAUAUAAACUUCUAAUGGAACAGUACGUCACGACGUACAAGUCUAGACUAAAGCCGUCCCCCACAAUAUCUUGCCGUUGUCUGUUACUAUUAUCAAAUUUUAAACUCUAUCCAGACUACUGAUUAUUCAUCAUUUUCCUUUGAUUUCUUUAUACGUAUUUGAAUUUUAUACAUAUAAUGUAGUAUUGAUGAAUUAUUGUGACCUUGACAUCGCACCUAGUGUGCAUCGUUAGUUAGAAAGAGAAAGUAAAUGGUGUAGAAGCAAAGACGUGCGGGUUGAAGAUGAAGAUUGUCUACUGAUAUUUUGUGUGGAACCAUGACGGAAAACAAUUCCUCCCUGCAAAUCUUGUCGGGACAAUGUGCGAUUGGUUUUAGUUGAUCGUUGUUUGUAAAAGAAACAUCCUUCAAUUUAAUGAUCCGUUUUUGGUCAAAUGUUAACGAUACUAGCAACUUUUGUGACAACAGGUUUCUAAAUAAACCUUACAACGCUUUAUCUCUUUUUCAAUGUCAUGAAAUCUUCCUCUCGAUCCGAAGCUAUUUAUUAAAGGGAUUAGGAAAGGUACAAACACGGUGACUGAUACUAACAAGGGAAAUCCUCUCUGUGAUACCAACUCUUCCUAAUUUGAUUCAAGUACUGGACAUCUACAUAACGAUGUGGAUUUUGGUGACAUGAUCAGAAAAUUGUGAAGUUUGAUUUUUUGCUAACUUUACAUAAUACGGAUUAUCUUAACAUUGAGCACUGCGUACUGUUGUUCUGCUGUUUACAUAUAAUGUUUGUCUACAAAUUGUGACUUUGUGUGUAUAUGCCUCCCAGCAAUAGUAUCAACCGUGUUUUCGAAAUGGAAGUUUUGUUUUGAUGUCUUAAGAUAUAUACAUCUUCCUAAAUAAUGUAUGUUAAUGCUGUUAGACAAUACAUAGUCUUUUCUGUCUUGCAUAUAUUCAAGUAAAGGUUAUUCAGAAUAGGCGACCUUUCUUCCUAAUUACAGCUUCUGUUACUACACAAAAAGGAUGCAAUAUUGUUAGUGUUUGUAGAUAGUACUCACACAUGUAGAUAGAACUCAUGCUUGUUUACACUACAUGUAUGACAAAAUAAUUGGAAAUAUUAAUUGCCAUGCAUGUGCUCUUUCGUUAUGAUACAUCUCUGUAUUUCAUACCUUUUUUCAAGUAAGUUUUAUACUUGUGCUGUAGUAAUUCAUUUCGAAUGAGCUGCGUGUUAUUUUUACGUGUCAUCUAAUCUGGAAUCAUUCAAAUUCAUGGAAGAAAAAUUGUGUGGUUUAUUAUGAUGUUACUACGUCGUUAAGAUGUAAUUUCUUCGACUUGGUUUUAGUGAACUGAAUAAUCAUUCGAUUUGUAUAUUUUAGAGUCUUGAAGCUACAUUCGUCGAAUUGGGUACGAAAAGUCACGAAUUAUGAUCUUUUUGAUAUAAAUUGAUACUAAUAUCAGAUCGAAGUUGUACGCUGAAUAUUUGAAUGAUAAGGCAGAGUUGAACUUGGUUGGUUUCAAUAAUACAAAUCAUUCAUGUGUAUGUCAUUCAUUAGAUAGAAAUUUCGUAUUUUUCAUUCACAGAUGUACUCUCUUUCUUAUUCAGAUACAAAACAAAAUGUCCACCCCAAACAGCGUACAGCUUCGAUCAAUCAUAACUGAUUGUUGAUGCGUAUCUAAACAAACUUGUAUUCCAUGAUUUAUGUAUUGAUGUCUAUUCUAAAUAAAACUAGAUGCAUUUUC